AUGGCAUCUAAGAGUAGCCCGUUUGAGACGAAGUUUUCCUUCAACCUCCUCCCGACCAAGACAUUCCCAUUCCUUCAGGACAGAAGCACACUACAACUCCUCAUGAAAUGGUGACGUUAUAGAUGUUAUGGUUUUGUGUCAUUUAUUUGUCAAUGUUUAUAGCUAUAGUUAUGAACAGCACCAUAGCUAGCUACUGUUACUAACGUUAGCCGACCAGCUAUGUAGACAGACAAACUAGCUAGCUAUAUCAGUGUGUCAGAGUUCUAGUGAAACUAGCUAAUGGUUUCGUGUGGGUGUCAGGUCCAUGCUAGGACGUAUCUCAGCCCAGGCCUUCAGCUUUGACCAGACCUUCUACCCAUACAACAGCCACGACUUUACACUGGUGAGUUAACGUACACACACACACACACACACACACAUUUCCAGGCACUGCACGUUGUAAAGGGCCAAUAGUAACUCUGUGUGUGCGUGUGUGUGUGUCUGUGUGUGUCAGAGUUUCUUCAGAGACCCCUGUGUGCUGACCAACCUCAGGAAGAUGGAGGCUGGAAGCUGGGUUACUCUGGGUAUGUCAUGUCACAUCUGUCACCUCUACCCAGUUAGCAAUCGGGAGGCCUGCGUCCCUCCAGAGGUUUUUUGCCAGUUGCCUCAUUCACUGGGCGAUAUGACGCUUUGUCAAGCGGCAGCCAUGCUCCUGCCAUUCAGGUGCCGUUUUCCUCACGCAGCCCACCAGCCCUUGCCUUCUACACUACAGCUGCCAGUUGGAGGCAAGACGCGUUUUCAGCGUCAAGCCAGCGGCGUGCCUACUCCCUGUCGCCACUUGUUUUGAUCGAUUUCUAUUAUUUAACAUACAUUUGAUGCCAUGUCCAUUUGAAAAACGGUUGGUGAUUGUUUACCAGUACUGUAGGUUAUUAUGCGUGUGUGAGUGCUAAAUAUCACAUAAUGAGGUCCUGGUUCCCUGGAUCAAGAGGUGACAAAAAAUAAAUAGUCCAAUCAAUAUUGAUUUUUUUAUGACAGGCUUCUCACACAGUGAAAUGGCAACAAAAGUGACAUAGUAAAGGAAUCAAAGUGACAUUGUAAAUUUACUAAAAAUAAAAAAUAAGACUAUAUUAAAUCAAGUACAGGAACAUAAAGAUCAAAAAAAUAAGUUAAAACUAAAAUAGCCUAUAGGCAUCUAUACUGAGCAAAAAUAUAAACUCAACAUGCAACAAUUUCAACAAUUUUGUUGAGUUACAGAUCAUAUAAGGAAAUCAGUCAAUUGAAAUAAAUUCAUUAGGCCCUAAUCUAUGGAUUUCACAUGACUGGGCAGGGGCGCAGCCAUCGGUGGGCCUAAGAGGGCAUAGGUCCACCCACUUGGGAGCCACAACGAGCCAGUCAGAAUGAGUUUUUCCCCACAAAAGGGCUUUAUUACAGACAGAACACUCCUCAGCACCCUCCCCCUCUCUGACGCUCCCACAGGUGAUGAAGCCGGAUGUGGAGGUCCUGGGCUGGCGUGGUUACACGUGGUCUGCGGUUGUGAGGCCGGGUGGAUGUACUGCCAAAUUCUCUAAAACGACGUUGGAGGCAGCUUAUGGUAGAUAAAUGAACAUUCAAUUCUCUGCACCUUGUGCUGGGGACAAUAAAAGGCCACUCUAAAAUGUACAGUUUUGUCACACAACACAAUGCCACAGAUGUCUCAAGUUUUGAGGGAGCGUGCAAUUGGCAUGCUGACUGCAGGAAUGUCCACCAGAGUUGUUGCCAGAGAAUUGAAUGUUAAUUUCUCUGCCAUAAGCCGCCUCCAACAUAGUUUUAGAGAAUUUGGCAGUAUGUCCAACCGGCCUCACAACCGCAGACCACGUGUCACCACGCCAGCCCAGGACCUCCACAUCCGGCUUCUUCGCCUGCUGGAUCGUCUGAGACCAGCCACCCGGACAGCUGAUGAAAGUGAGGAGUAUGUCUGUCUGUAAUAAAGCCUUUUUGUGGGGAAAAACUCAUUCUGAUUGGCUGGGCCUGGCUCCCCAGUGGGUGGGCCUAUGCCCUCCCAGGCCCACCCAUGGCUACGCUCCUGCCCAGUCAUGUGAAAUCCAUAGAUUAGGGCCUAAUUUAUUUAUUUCAAUUGACUGAUUUCCUUACAUGAACUGUAAGUCAGUAAAAUCGUUGAAAUUGUUCCAUGUUGCGUUUUAUAUUUUUGCUCAGUAUACAUUUGUGACUGAGUGGCGCAGUGGUCUAAGGCGCCGCAUCGUAGUGCUAGCUGUGCCACUAGAGAUCCUGGUUCGAAUCCAGGCUCUGUCGCAGCCGGCCGCGACCGGGAGACUCAUGGCCGGCGCACAAUUGGCCCAGCGUUGUCCAGGGUAGGGGAGGGAAUGGCCGGCAGGGACAGAGUUGAUAGAGCAUGGCGUUUGCAACGCCAGGGUUGUGGGUUCGAUUCCCACGGGGGGCCAGUAUAAAAAAAUAUGUAUUCACUAACUGUAAGUCGCUCGGGAUAAGAGCGUCUGCUAAAUGACUUAAAUGUAAAUGUGACAGUGUAAAGGCAAAUGUCAAAUUUCCAAUAAGUAUUUACAUGUAAUAUAAAUGCCUUAUGUUAAUAUUCUGAGGGGAGGAAUUUAGAACAUGCUGCGGUCACGUCAGGUCACAACAACAGGGUCAAAGUUGAAUGUCUCUUGCUCCUUCCCGGAAAAGCAAUGACUAUAUAAAAUUCUGAGCACACUUCCAAGAGUCUCCUGGAGCUCGGUGUUCUGGCUCAGCCUGGUCUCCAGCAGCUCGGUGUUCUGGCUCAGCCUGGUCUCCAGCAGCUCGGUGUUCUGGCUCAGCCUGGUCUCCUGGAGCUCGGUGUUCUGGCUCAGCCUGGUCUCCAGCAGCUCGGUGUUCUGGCUCAGCCUGGUCUCCUGGAGCUCGGUGUUCUGGCUCAGCCUGGUCUCCUGGAGCUCGGUGUUCUGGCUCAGCCUGGUCUCCUGGAGCUCGGUGUUCUGGCUCAGCCUGGUCUCCUGGAGCUCGGUGUUCUGGCUCAGCCUGGUCUCCUGGAGCUCGGUGUUCUGGCUCAGCCUGGUCUCCUGGAGCUCGGUGUUCUGGCUCAGCCUGGUCUCCAGCAGCUCGGUGUUCUGGCUGAGCCUGGUCUCCUGGAGCUCGGUGUUCUGGCUCAGCCUGGUCUCCUGGAGCUCGGUGUUCUGGCUCAGCCUGGUCUCCUGGAGCUCGGUGUUCUGGCUCAGCCUGGUCUCCAGCAGCUCGGUGUUCUGGCUCAGCCUGGUCUCCAGCAGCUCGGUGUUCUGGCUCAGCCUGGUCUCCAGCAGCUCGGUGUUCUGGCUCAGCCUGGUCUCCUGGAGCUCGGUGUUCUGGCUCAGCCUGGUCUCCAGCAGCUCGGUGUUCUGGCUCAGCCUGGUCUCCUGGAGCUCGGUGUUCUGGCUCAGCCUGGUCUCCUGGAGCUCGGUGUUCUGGCAGCUCCCGGUGUUCUGGCUCAGCCUGGUCUCCUGGAGCUCGGUGUUCUGGCUCAGCCUGGUCUCCUGGAGCUCGGUGUUCUGGCUCAGCCUGGUCUCCUGGAGCUCGGUGUUCUGGCUCAGCCUGGUCUCCUGGAGCUCGGUGUUCUGGCUCAGCCUGGUCUCCUGGAGCUCGGUGUUCUGGCUCAGCCUGGUCUCCUGGAGCUCGGUGUUCUGGCUCAGCCUGGUCUCCUGGAGCUCAGUGUUCUGGCUCAGCCUGGUCUCCUGGAGCUCGGUGUUCUGGCUCAGCCUGGUCUCCUGGAGCUCGGUGUUCUGGCUCAGCCUGGUCUCCUGGAGCUCGUAGUUCUGGCUCAGCCUGGUCUCCUGGAGCUCGGUGUUCUGGCUCAGCCUGGUCUCCUGGAGCUCGGUGUUCUGGCUCAGCCUGGUCUCCUGGAGCUCGGUGUUCUGGCUCAGCCUGGUCUCCUGGAGCUCGGUGUUCUGGCUCAGCCUGGUCUCCUGGAGCUCGGUGUUCUGGCUCAGCCUGGUCUCCUGGAGCUCGGUGUUCUGGCUCAGCCUGGUCUCCUGGAGCUCGGUGUUCUGGCUCAGCCUGGUCUCCAGCAGCUCGGUGUUCUGGCUCAGCCUGGUCUCCUGGAGCUCGUGUUCUGGCUCAGCCUGGUCUCCUGGAGCUCGGUGUUCUGGCUCAGCCUGGUCUCCUGGAGCUCGGUGUUCUGGCUCAGCCUGGUCUCCAGCAGCUCGGUGUUCUGGCUCAGCCUGGUCUCCAGCAGCUCGGUGUUCUGGCUCAGCCUGGUCUCCAGCAGCUCGGUGUUCUGGCUCAGCCUGGUCUCCUGGAGCUCGGUGUUCUGGCUCAGCCUGGUCUCCUGGAGCUCGGUGUUCUGGCUCAGCCUGGUCUCCUGGAGCUCGGUGUUCUGGCUCAGCCUGGUCUCCAGCAGCUCGGUGUUCUGGCUCAGCCUGGUCUCCUGGAGCUCGGUGUUCUGGCUCAGCCUGGUCUCCAGCAGCUCGGUGUUCUGGCUCAGCCUGGUCUCCUGGAGCUCGGUGUUCUGGCUCAGCCUGGUCUCCUGGAGCUCGGUGUUCUGGCUCAGCCUGGUCUCCUGGAGCUCGGUGUUCUGGCUCAGCCUGGUCUCCUGGAGCUCGGUGUUCUGGCUCAGCCUGGUCUCCUGGAGCUCGGUGUUCUGGCUCAGCCUGGUCUCCUGGAGCUCGGUGUUCUGGCUCAGCCUGGUCUCCAGCAGCUCGGUGUUCUGGCUCAGCCUGGUCUCCAGCAGCUCGGUGUUCUGGCUCAGCCUGGUCUCCUGGAGCUCGGUGUUCUGGCUCAGCCUGGUCUCCAGCAGCUCGGUGUUCUGGCUCAGCCUGGUCUCCUGGAGCUCGGUGUUCUGGCUCAGCCUGGUCUCCUGGAGCUCGGUGUUCUGGCUCAGCCUGGUCUCCUGGAGCUCGGUGUUCUGGCUCAGCCUGGUCUCCUGGAGCUCGGUGUUCUGGCUCAGCCUGGUCUCCUGGAGCUCAGUGUUCUGGCUCAGCCUGGUCUCCUGGAGCUCGGUGUUCUGGCUCAGCCUGGUCUCCUGGAGCUCGGUGUUCUGGCUCAGCCUGGUCUCCUGGAGCUUGGUGUUCUGGCUCAGCCUGGUCUCCAGCAGCUCGGUGUUCUGGCUCAGCCUGGUCUCCUGGAGCUCGGUGUUCUGGCUCAGCCUGGUCUCCUGGAGCUCGGUGUUCUGGCUCAGCCUGGUCUCCUGGAGCUCGGUGUUCUGGCUCAGCCUGGUCUCCAGCAGCUUGGUGUUCUGGCUCAGCCUGGUCUCCAGCAGCUCGGUGUUCUGGCUCAGCCUGGUCUCCAGCAGCUCAGUGUUCUGGCUCAGCCUGGUCUCCUGGAGCUCGGUGUUCUGGCUCAGCCUGGUCUCCUGGAGCUCGGUGUUCUGGCUCAGCCUGGUCUCCUGGAGCUCGGUGUUCUGGCUCAGCCUGGUCUCCUGGAGCUCGGUGUUCUGGCUCAGCCUGGUCUCCUGGAGCUCGGUGUUCUGGCUCAGCCUGGUCUCCUGGAGCUCGGUGUUCUGGCUCAGCCUGGUCUCCUGCAGCUCGGUGUUCUGGCUCAGCCUGGUCUCCAGCAGCUCGGUGUUCUGGCUCAGCCUGGUCUCCUGGAGCUCGGUGUUCUGGCUCAGCCUGGUCUCCAGCAGCUCGGUGUUCUGGCUCAGCCUGGUCUCCAGCAGCUCGGUGUUCUGGCUCAGCCUGGUCUCCAGCAGCUCGGUGUCCUGGCUCAGCCUGGUCUCCAGCAGCUCGGUGUUCUGGCUCAGCCUGGUCUCCAGCAGCUCGGUGUUCUGGCUCAGCCUGGUCUCCAGCAGCUCGGUGUUCUGGCUCAGCCUGGUCUCCUGGAGCUCGGUGUUCUGGCUCAGCCUGGUCUCCAGCAGCUCGGUGUUCUGGCUCAGCCUGGUCUCCUGGAGCUCGGUGUUCUGGCUCAGCCUGGUCUCCUGGAGCUCGGUGUUCUGGCUCAGCCUGGUCUCCUGGAGCUCGGUGUUCUGGCUCAGCCUGGUCUCCUGGAGCUCGGUGUUCUGGCUCAGCCUGGUCUCCAGCAGCUCGGUGUUCUGGCUCAGCCUGGUCUCCAGCAGCUCCAGGCCUCGCCGGUCCCCCAUCGGGAGAUUGAGAUCAGGCAAGGACAAAUCUCCAACCGACCCAUUGGCCUGUUGAUAGGCUAACAAGGUAUUCAUCUUGUUAUUCAUUUCAAGCGUCCGAUACCACCCGGACCUUUAGAAACCUCACCUGCUUGCCCACUCUUUAGCACCUUAACUUCUUCCCUCAGGUCUCUGUCUUCCUUCUGUGCAAAACAGGAAAGAUAAGCAUAGUCUCAUCUGGGCUAAGUGAAUGUACUACAUACCUCCAUGACUGUCAUCCACAUGGUGCUGUGGUGAAGAUGAUGCUGGGGCUGUCAUCCACAUGGUGCUGUGGUGAAUAUGAUGCUGGGGCUGUCAUCCACAUGGUGCUGUGGUGAAUAUGAUGCUGGGGCUGUCAUCCACAUGGUGCUGUGGUGAAUAUGAUGCUGGGGCUGUCAUCCACAUGGUGCUGUGGUGAAUAUGAUGCUGGGGCUGUCAUCCACAUGGUGCUGUGGUGAAUAUGAUGCUGGGGCUGUCAUCCACAUGGUGCUGUGGUGAAUAUGAUGCUGGGGCUGUCAUCCACAUGGUGCUGUGGUGAAUAUGAUGCUGGGGCUGUCAUCCACAUGGUGCUGUGGUGAAUAUGAUGCUGGGGCGGUCAUCCACAUGGUGCUGUGGUGAAUAUGAUGCUGGGGCUGUCAUCCACAUGGUGCUGUGGUGAAUAUGAUGCUGGGGCUGUCAUCCACAUGGUGCUGUGGUGAAUAUGAUGCUGGGGCUGUCAUCCACAUGGUGCUGUGGUGAAUAUGAUGCUGGGGCGGUCAUCCACAUGGUGCUGUGGUGAAUAUGAUGCUGGGAUGGCAUCCACAUGGUGCUGUGGUGAAUAUGAUGCUGGGGCUGUCAUCCACAUGGUGCUGUGGUGAAUAUGAUGCUGGGGCUGUCAUCCACAUGGUGCUGUGGUGAAUAUGAUGCUGGGGCUGUCAUCCACAUGGUGCUGUGGUGAAUAUGAUGCUGGGGCUGUCAUCCACAUGGUGCUGUGGUGAAUAUGAUGCUGGGGCUGUCAUCCACAUGGUGCUGUGGUGAAUAUGAUGCUGGGGCUGUCAUCCACAUGGUGCUGUGGUGAAUAUGAUGCUGGGGCUGUCAUCCACAUGGUGCUGUGGUGAAUAUGAUGCUGGGGCUGUCAUCCACAUGGUGCUGUGGUGAAUAUGAUGCUGGGGCUGUCAUCCACAUGGUGCUGUGGUGAAUAUGAUGCUGGGGCUGUCAUCCACAUGGUGCUGUGGUGAAUAUCUAUCAAUCAAUCAAUCAUAUUUUAUUUAUAAAGCCCCUUUUACAUCAGCCGAUGUCACUAAGUGCUAUGCGGAAACCCAGCCUAAAACCCCAAACAGCAGCAAUGCAGAUGGAGAAGCACGGUGGCUAGGAAAAACUCCCUAGAAAGGCAGGACUCUAGGAAGAAACCUAGACAGGAACCAGGCUCUGAGGGGUGGCCAGUCCCCUUCUGGCUGUACUGGGUAGAGAGGAACCAGGCUUUGAGGGGUGACCAGUCCUCUUCUGGCUGUACUGGGUAGAGAGGAACCAGGCUCUGAGGGGUGACCAGUCCUCUUCUGGCUGUACUGGGUAGACCAGAGGAACCAGGCUCUGAGGGGUGGCCAGUCCUCUACUGGCUGUACUGGGUAGAGAGGAACCAGGCUCUGAGGGGUGGCCAGUCCUCUUCUGGCUGUACUGGGUAGAGAGGAACCAGGCUCUGAGGGGUGGCCAGUCCCCUUCUGGCUGUACUGGGUAGAGAGGAACCAGGCUCUGAGGGGUGGCCAGUCCUCUUCUGGCUGUACUGGGUGGAGAGGAACCAGGCUCUGAGGGGUGGCCAGUCCUCUACUGGCUGUACUGGGUGGAGAGGAACCAGGCUCUGAGGGGUGGCCAGUCCUCUUCUGGCUGUACUGGGUAGACCAGAGGAACCAGGCUCUGAGGGGUGGCCAGUCCUCUACUGGCUGUACUGGGUAGAGAGGAACCAGGCUCUGAGGGGUGGCCAGUCCCCUUCUGGCUGUACUGGGUAGAGAGGAACCAGGCUCUGAGGGGUGGCCAGUCCUCUUCUGGCUGUACUGGGUAGACCAGAGGAACCAGGCUCUGAGGGGUGGCCAGUCCUCUUCUGGCUGUACUGGGUAGAGAGGAACCAGGCUCUGAGGGGUGGCCAGUCCCCUUCUGGCUGUGCCGGGUGGAGAUUAUAACAUUAAGGCCAGAUUUUUCUCCAAGAUGUUCAAACGUUCAUAGAUGACCAGCAGGGUCAAAUAAUAAUCACAGUGGUUGUAGAGGUUGCAACAGGUCAGUACAUCAGGAGCAAAUGUCACUUGGCUUUUCAUAGCCGGGCAUUUAGAGGUUGAAAUAGCAGGUGCGGUAGAGAGAGAGAGAGUUGAAAACAGCAGGUCUGGGACAAGGUAGCACGUCCGGUGAACAGGUCAGGGUUCCAUAGCUGCAAGCAGAAGAGUUGAAACUGGAGCAGCAGCACAACCAGGUGGACUGGGGACAGCCAGGAGUCAUCAGGCCAGGUAGUCCUGAGGCAUGGUCCUAGGGCUCAAGUCCUCCGGAAGGGGAGGGAGAGAGGGAGAGAGAGAGAAUUAGAGGGAGCAUACUUAAAUUCACACAGGACACCGGAUAAGACAGGAGAAUAACACCAGAUAUAAACAGACUGACCCUAGCCCCCCGGCACAUAGACUAUUGCAGCAUAGAUACUGGAGGCUGAGACAGGGGGUGGUCGGGAGACAAUGUGACGAUACCCCCGGACAGGGCCAACCAGGCAGGAUAUAACCCCACCCACUUUGCCAAAGCACAGCCCCCACACCACCAGAGGGAUAUCAACAGACCACCAACCUACUACCCUGAGACAAGGCUCAGUAUAGCCCACGAAGAUCUCCUCCACUGCACGAGCCCGAUGGGGCGACAAACCGGACAGGAAGAUCACGUCAGUGGCUCAACCCACUCAAGUGAUGCACCCUCCUAGGGACGGCAUGGAAGAGCACCAGUAAGCCAGUGACUCAGCCCCCGUAACAGGGUCAGAGGCAGAGAAUCCCAGUGGAGAGAGGGGAGGGGAGCCGGCCAGGCAGAGACAGCAAGGGCGGUUUGUCGCUCCAGUGCCUUUCCGUUCUCCUUCACACCCCUGGGCCAGACUACACUCAAUCAUAGGACCUACUGAAUUCAGUAAAGACUUAAAGGUCGAGACUGAGUCUGCGUCUCUCACAUGGAUAGGCAGACCAUUCCAUAAAAAUGGAGCUCUAUAGGAGAAAGCCCUGCCUCCAGCUGUUUGCUUAGAAAUUCUAGGGCCAAUAAGGAGGCCUGCGUUUUGUGACCGUAGCGUACGGGUGGGUAUGUAUGGCAGGACCAAAUCGGAGAGAUAGGUAGGAGCAAGUCCAUGUAAUGCUUUGUAGGUUAGCAGUAAAACCUUGAAAUCAGCCCUAGCCUUAACAGGAAGCCAGUGGAAAGAGGCUAGCACUGGAGUAAUAUGAUCAAAUUUUUUGGUUCUAGUUUAUUUAGUGCUUUAUCCGGGUAUCCGGCGAGUAGAGCAUUGCAGUAGUCUAAUCUAGAAGUGACAAAAGCAUGGAUGAGCUUUUCUGCAUCAUUUUUUGCGAUGUUACGAAGAUGGAAAAAAGCUGUCCUUGAAAUAUUCUAAUAUGUUCGUCAAUAUAGGGAUGAGGUAGUUGGGUGGGCUAAUUACAGAUGGGCUGUGUACAGGUACUCUGUAGCUCAGCUGGUAGAGCACGGCGCUUGUAAAGCAGCACUAAGGUCUAGGAGCACGAGGACAGAUGCAGAGCCUUUGUCUGACGCCAUUAAAAGGUAAUUUACCACAUUCACGAGUGCAGUCUCAGUGCUAUGAUGGGGUCUAAAACCAGACUGAAGCGUUUCUUAUACAUUAUUUGUCUUCAGGAAGGCAGUGAGUUGAUGCACAACAGCUUUUUCUACAACGUUUGAGAGGAAUGGGAGAUUCGAUAUAGGCCAAUAGUUUUUUACAUUUUCUGGGUCAAGGUUUGGCUUUUUCAAGAGAGGCUUUAUUACUGCCACUUUUAGUGAGUUUGGUACACAUCCAGUGGAUAGGGAGCCAUUUAUUAUGUUCAACAUAGGAGGGCCAAGCACAGGAAGUAGCUCUUUCAGUAGUUAAGUUGGAAUAGGGUCCAGUAUGCAGCUUGAAGGUUUAGAGGCCAUGACUAUUUUCACGAAUGUGUCAAGGGAUACAGGAUUAAAAAACUUGACUGUCUCCAUUGAUCCUUGGCCCUGGCAGUUCUGUGCAGACUCAGGACAGCUGAGAUCUGGAGAAAUACUCAGAUUCAAAGUUGUCUGUGAUCAGUCCUACCACCGUUGUGUCAUCAGCAAACUUGAUGAUGGUGUUGGAGUCAUGUGUGGCCACUCAGUCGUGGGCGAACAGGGAGUACAGGAGGGGACUAAGCACGCACCCCUGAGGGGCCCCCGUGUUGAGGAUCAGUGUGGCGGAUGUGUUGAUGCCUACCCUCACUGCCUGGAGGCGGCCCAUCAGGAAGUCCAUGAGCUUGGAGGGGACUAGGGUGAGCUUGGAGGGACUAUGGUGUUGAAUGCUGAGCUGUAGUCAACGAACAGCAGUCUUACAUACAGUGCCUUCACAAAGUAUUCACACCACUUCACAUUUUCCACAUUUUGUUUUGUUAGCCUGAAUUUAAAUUGGAUUUAACCCACACGAAUGUAUUCCUCAUGUCACUUUCAACCCACACAAACUUCAUCAAACUCCUCCUCUGGACGCAUCUCAGCAGAAAGAGGGGAGAGGGAAACGUCUGUACUCUGUUCAGCAAUCAGCUGUUUCCUAGACAUGGAAGUGUCAACUGUAGGGUCCCUCUCUUCCUUCAGCGGUCCUACAAACUCACUCACCUUUGGGGUUUUCAAAGGAGAGGUCAACUCAGGAGGUUUACCGAAAUCAGGAUCACCAAUAAACAUCUGACAGAUUGACCAUGGUGGGAUGGCUGGCAUCCUCCUCAACACUAGACUUGCUAUGGUGGAAUGGCUGACAUCCUCCUCAACACUAGACUUGCUAUGGUGGAAUGGCUGACAUCCUCCUCAACACUAGACUUGCUAUGGUGGAAUGGCUGACAUCCUCCUCAACACUAGACUUGCUAUGCUGGGAUGGCUGACAUCCUCCUCAACACUAGACUUGCUAUGGUGGGAUGGCUGACAUCCUCCUCAACACUAGACUUGCUAUGGUGGAAUGGCUGACAUCCUCAACACUAGACUUGCUAUGCUGGGAUGGCUGACAUCCUCCUCAACACUAGACUUGCUAUGGUGGGAUGGCUGACAUCCUCCUCAACACUAGACUUGCUAUGGUGGGAUGGCUGGCAUCCUCCUCAACACUAGACUUGCUAUGGUGGAAUGGCUGACAUCCUCAACACUAGACUUGCUAUGGUGGAAUGGCUGACAUCCUCCUCAACACUAGACUUGCUAUGCUGGGAUGGCUGGCAUCCUCCUCAACACUAGACUUGCUAUGGUGGAAUGGCUGACAUCCUCCUCAACACUAGACUUGCUAUGGUGGAAUGGCUGACAUCCUCCUCAACACUAGACUUGCUAUGGUGGGAUGGCUGACAUCCUCCUCAACACUAGACUUGCUAUGGUGGAAUGGCUGACAUCCUCCUCAACACUAGACUUGCUAUGGUGGAAUGGCUGACAUCCUCCUCAACACUAGACUUGCUAUGGUGGGAUGGCUGACAUCCUCCUCAACACUAGACUUGAUAUGGUGGGAACUCUGACAUCCUCAACACUAGACUUGCUAUGGUGGAAUGGCUGACAUCCUCCUCAACACUAGACUUGUUAUGGUGGAAUGGCUGACAUCCUCAACACUAGACUUGCUAUGGUGGGAACUCUGACAUCCUCAACACUAGACUUGCUCCCUGCGACUUUCUUAGACAUAGCACGUGUAAAGGCACACACUGGGAACAGUCUAGGGUACUUUACUGAUAACCCAUCAGGUUCCUCUGCUCUGGGAACAGUCUAGGGUACUUUACUGAUAACCCAUCAGGUUCCUCUGCACUGGGAACAGUCUAGGGUACUUUACUGAUAACCCAUCAGGUUCCUCUGCUCUGGGAACAGUCUAGGGUACUUUACUGAUAACCCAUCAGGUUCCUCUGCUCUGGGAACAGUCUAGGGUACUUUACUGAUAACCCAUCAGGUUCCUCUGCUCUGGGAACAGUCUAGGGUACUUUACUGAUAACCCAUCAGGUUCCUCUGCUCUGGGAACAGUCUAGGGUACUUUACUGAUAACCCAUCAGGUUCCUCUGCUCUGGGAACAGUCUAGGGUACUUUACUGAUAACCCAUCAGGUUCCUCUGCUCUUGGAACAGUCUAGGGUACUUUACUGAUAACCCAUCAGGUUCCUCUGCUCUGGGAACAGUCUAGGGUACUUUACUGAUAACCCAUCAGGUUCCUCUGCUCUGGGAACAGUCUAGGGUACUUUACUGAUAACCCAUCAGGUUCCUCUGCUCUGGGAACAGUCUAGGGUACUUUACUGAUAACCCAUCAGGUUCCUCUGCUCUGGGAACAGUCUAGGGUACUUUACUGAUAACCCAUCAGGUUCCUCUGCUCUGGGAACAGUCUAGGGUACUUUACUGAUAACCCAUCAGGUUCCUCUGCUCUGGGAACAGUCUAGGGUACUUUACUGAUAACCCAUCAGGUUCCUCUGCUCUGGGAACAGUCUAGGGUACUUUACUGAUAACCCAUCAGGUUCCUCUGCUCUGGGAACAGUCUAGGGUACUUUUCUGAUAACCCAUCAGGUUCCUCUGCUCUGGGUUCCUUACAAACGACAGGAUUUGGCACAACCUUCCCUCCAGCCAAAUAAUUUCCCAAAAUGAAUGAGAGCCCUUCACCGGUAGGCUAAGCCUCACUCCAACGACAACGGAACCAGAAAUAAGACCAGACUAGAGUUCCACAUUAUACAAAGGAACUUCCAUGCAACCCAUCUCCACGCCUUGCACUAACACACUGUAACUAGUUACUGAAGUGUCAGGCAAAGGCAAAACACCCUCCAACAUGAAGCGCUGCCCCAGUGUCUCCCAGUAUCUUCACCGGCUGCUUAACAGAAUCACCACUCUGCAGAGACACCAACGCGUCUGUGUUACGAACCCCGUGGCUCUAAACGUCUAGGGUGGAUGGACAUGAGACCCGUAACAUAAAUUAUGCAAAUUAUAAGUGUGACCUGGAACAGUGAGAACCAAAAAUGACACAACAACCAUGAACUACCGUCAAACAUAAAUGGUUUAUUACUAAACACACGGUAAAGGUUUGGGAAAAAGGGCUGAGCAGGACCCAAGAAAUGAAACAAUAGUGUAAAACCCCCUAAACUGAUCUUGCCUGCCUCAAGAACCGCUAGGCUACUGCUACCAUACAAAAAUACAGUGGGUGGUCCGCUCAGGUCUAACUAGUGUUUUUAGACAGCUUUCUUCCUACGGGUAAUGUACGCCCAAGGGCAACUAGCUUAAACUCCCCUUUUCCCAGAAACACACAAAGCUACCAAACAGGGUAAUCAGCAAUUAAAUAAGUACACACCACACAGGACACAACAGUAUCCACACUCAGGUAAAGAAAUAGUUUCUAAUAAAGUUACCAACAGGGUAACCAACAACUUAGUGAGUACACAACACACAGGACACCACCGUGUCCAUACUCACAUAUGGAAAAAGUCUCUCUCUCUUGCAACAAACACAAGUCUGGUUUUUAUAAAAUGGGAUGUGUGAUUGAACAAACGAGUAACAGGUGGUGCAAUUCACAGGAAUGUUCACUGAUUGGUCCAAUCAGCAGACACCUCCACGACCACCAAUCAGGAACAUACAGGACACCUGUGAUUAGGGCAGACAGAGUAGAAACACACAAAAACACAGGAUACCUGUAUCCGUAACACUCCCACCCUUAAAAGAGCAAACCACAAUGGUUUGCGACACACGUACUAUCACAACACCCAAAUUCACAAAUCAUCCUGCCGGGAUAACAAAAAAAAACCUAGAUCAUUACACACGAGACAAAGCAUCUGCCAACACAUUUUCUUUCACACACAACUCUUGUGACAAAAACUGAUCCUUAAGGACUUUCAUAGGUCCUCUCAUGGUGUGUCCAAACACCAGUUCAGCUGGGCUGAACCCUAGAGAUUCCUGUACUGUCUCACGGACAGCAAACAACACUAGAGGAACUCCCUCAUCCCAAUCUUUCUCAGAUUCCAAGCAAUAUUUACGGAGCAUAGACUUCAGUGUCUGAUGCCAACGUUCAAGCGCACCCUGAGACUCUGGGUGAUAUGCGCUUGACACACGGUGUGUAACUGACAAGGAUUUUAACACUUGUUUGAAAAGUUUAGAAAGGAAAUUCGUACCCUGAUCAGUUUGUAUCACCUUAGGUAAUCCAAAAGUUGAGAAGAAUUUGAUCAACGCUUUACUCACCACCGGAGCAGUAAUCCUUCGCAGAGGAAUGGCCUCUGGGUACCUGGUGGCCACACACAUAAUUGUCAACAUAAACUGGUUACCAGAUUUUGUUUUUGGUAAUGGUCCAACACAAUCAACCAUCACAUGUUCGAAUGGUUCACCUAUGGCCAGUAUGGGACAAAGAGGCGCGGGGGAAAUAACCUGGUUCGGUUUCCCAACUACUUGACAGGUGUGGCAAGUCCGACAGAACUGAGCCACAUCUUUUUUUAAGCCAGGCCAAAAGAAAUGUCGCAAAACACGAUCAUAAGUCUUGGUGACUCCCAGAUGUCCGGACCACUGGUGAUCAUGAGCGAGGGAUAAAACAUUUUGUCGAAAGGCUGUAGGAAUCACUAUUUGGUAAACAGCAUUCCAAUCUUCGCCAGCGUCAACAUGGGAUGUCCAUUUACGCAUGAGGAGAUUACCAUCAAUGAAAUAUGCCAUGUUUUUCUUCUUUAGCUCGUCCUCUGAGACAACAUUAGAAAAACAUUUAGCCAGGCUAAUGUCAACCUGUUGGUUAGCGAUCAGCUGCUCACGAGUAACUGGUAACUGUAUUGCCUCAGCAACAAGUUCCACAUCCUUCUUCUUUUCUCUGGGCUGUUGGUCAGACUGCACCAGCUUACCAGAGGUAGCACCCGAACUAUCCUCUGGGUCACACUCUCUGAAUAGAAUCGUGUUCGACAAAUCUAUCACUUCCCCCACUUGUCGUGCUUGAGCACGUGUGACAGCACAAGCGGGGAACACAUCUGGAUAACCCUGUGCCAGCUCCUCGGAGAGAGCCUGGUCACUUUUAUCCAAUACCUCUAAUACGGGUAUCACCUUUCCUCCGGCAAUAUCGUUGCCCAUUAUAAAUGUCACACCUUUUACUGGCAACAUAGGACGUACGCCAACUCUGAACAAUCCACUGACUAACUCAGAGUGUACGUUCACAAAGUGCAAUAGCACUGGGACAAAUCCCAUUUCAAUACCUUGUACUAACACACUGGAACCACAAUAUGUAUUACUGGACAAGGGCAACACAUCAGCGAGUAUGAACGACUGCGCCGCACCAGUAUCUCUGAGGAUUCUAACUGGACGCUGAGACGCUUCGUCAUCUGAUAUAGAAACAAACCCCUCAAAAAUGAACGGUUCAUAACUGUGAUCUGGGACAGGGACUUUCAAACCACAUUCACUAUGAGGCUCCUGUCUUGAUUCCGGCCUUACAACUGUACGAAUCAGCCCAACACCCGUUGGCGGCCUGGCGUGCUGAGGCAUCCCCGGUUUGCGUUUUAGCAGAAAGCAAUCAUUAACCAUAUGUCCCACCUUAUGACAAUAGAAACAGUGACGCACAUCUUUUGGGCGUGCUGGAUGUACUGCUGGUCGACUAGGACUAAAAGUUAGCAACUCCGCAGCCCUGCUCUCCGUACGAGCCGAAAACACGCUCUUAUGCAUCAACACAAACUCGUCUGCCAAUACAGACGCUUCCGACAGUGAGGAUACUUUCUGUUCGUUCAGAUAAACUACAAUGCGUUCCGGUAAGCAAUUUUUUAACUCUUCUAACAAGAUUAACUCCCGUAGAGAGUUAAAAUCAGUUACCUUACUAGCACUGUGCCAUUUGUCAAACAGAUUUCCUUUGUCUCUAGCAAACUCCACAUAAGUCUGAGUAGGAGACUUUUUAUGAGACCUAAAUCUCUGUCGAUAUGCCUCAGGAACAAGCUCAUAGGCACGAAGAACAGUAGCUUUGACCACUUCAUAAUUCAAACUGUCUUCAAGAGGUAGCGCUGCCAGAACCUCUUGAGCUUUACCUGUUAGUUUACACUGAAGUAAUAGGCACCAUACCUCUUCGGGCCAUUUCAAUGCUACCGCUAUCCGUUCAAACACACUGAAAUAGGAAUCAACCUCUGACUCCCUGAACACAGGUACCAAGGUGAUCUGCCUACUAAUAUCAAACGUAGCAGCCGACACAGCUGGUGAGGAUGGCUCACUAGCAGGCAUAGUAUGAGCAGAGACUAACCUCGCUGUUUCUGCCUCCAGUUCCAUUUUACGCACCUCCAGUUCCAUCUUACGCGUCUCCAGUUCUUGAUCAAGCCUACGCGUCUCCAGUUCUUGAUCAAGCCUACGCGUCUCCAGUUCUACCUCUAGCUUAGUGGUGCAAUUCACAGGAAUGUUCACUGAUUGGUCCAAUCAGCAGACACCUCCACGACCACCAAUCAGGAACAUACAGGACACCUGUGAUUAGGGCAGACAGAGUAGAAACACACAAAAACACAGGAUACCUGUAUCCGUAACAGUCUGAAACAAAGGGUUCAUGCACAUCUGAUCCAAAAUCUUGUUGAGCAGAUACACCAGUCCCAACCAGAGACGUAAUGGGCUGGAGUGCUCCCACAGCAAGAAAUUGCUUUUUCUCUUUCAACUUAUUACACUGAGAGACAAUGUAUCCUUUCUCACGGCAGUAAUGACAAACUGGCGGAUACAAAAAAACAGUUGUUUUCUGCCGAUCUUUAUCUUUGGGCACAGUAGAAAAUGAUUGAAACCUCGCCGUAGGAGGUGACUUCUCUAGAUUACUUUUUGCGUAGGGAUAACUACUGGGUGCUUUCUUUGUGAAGGUAGUUACGUGUCAACACAAACUCAAAGAAUUGCAGCUUUCUCAGGAGUGAGAUCCUUGUGCUCAUAAAUGUAGGUAGCAACCCUCUUGUGAAGGCAAUUUUUUAACUGCUCGAGAAGUAUGAGUGUCUUUAAAUCCUCAAGGUCCUUGACCUCUUGAGAACCACACCACCGAUCAAAAAGACAUGCUUGUUCCCUUGCGAACGCAACAUGGCUUUGUGAUUCUGUCUUUGUAAUUUACGGAACUGUUGUCUGUAUGCCUCUGGGACCAACUCAUAAGCCUGAAGGAUAGCAGCUUUAACAGUGUCAUAAACUGAACUCUGGUCAAGAGAUAAAGCGGCGUACACUUUCUGAACUUUUCCCCCAAGAACGCUUUGGAUGAGCAGUGACCAAAUAUCUUGCGACCAUUUUAGGGAUGUGGCAAUCCACUCAUAGUAAAAUAUACAUCCAUCUUUUUGUUGAAAGGCGGUACAAGCCGGCUGUUCCGACCAAGAUCAAACUGUUGAGGGUGCAGAACGGCCUGACUUGAUUCGGAGUACUUCCAGAUCUCUCUCUUUCAGUCGAAUGGCAUGUGCAAAUUGUUGUUGUUGUAGUCUGGCUGUAUGUUCUCUUUCCCUUGUGGUCAAGCUCAAAUUUAUGUUGUUCCCAUUUUGCCUUUAGUUCUACCUCUCUCAGCUGCAGGUCUAUGGGGUGUCCUCUACCAUAUCUAUCUAUAUGGGGUGUACUGUACCAUAUCUAUCUAUAUGGGGUGUCCUCUACCAUAUCUAUCUCUAUGGGGUGUCCUCUACCAUAUCUAUCUCUAUGGGGCAUGGGCAAGUUGCAGCGGAGGGUGCAGAGCUGGUGGCCAGGGUAGGGGUAGCCAUACGGUUCAGAGGUUGAAAAUGUCAGUGAAAGCGGCUGGCUUCCGGGUUAAGCGGGCUGGUGUUAAGAAGCGCGGUUUGGCGAGUCAUGUUUCAGAGGACGCAUGACUCGACCUUCGCCUCUCAAGAUCGAAAUUGGGGAGAAAAAGUAAUCUGUGAAGACACUUGCAAGAUGUUCGUCGUAUGCUCGGCGUACGUGUCCUGGUAUUCCGUCUGAUCCCACGGCCUUGUGAAUGUUAACCAGUUUAAAGGUCUUACUCACAUCGGCUACGGAGAGCAAGAUCACACAGUCGUCCGGAACAGCUGGUGCUCUCAUGCAUGGUUCAGUGUUGUUUGCCUCGAAACAAGCAUAGACGGCAUUUAACUCAUCUGGUAGGCUCGUGUCGCUGGGCAGCUCACUGCUGGGUUUCCCUUUGUAAUCCGUGAUAGUUUGUCGAGCGUCAGAAAUGGCGUAGUAGGAUUCGAUCUUAGUCCUGUAUUGAUGCUUUGCCUGUUUGAAGCUUGUCGGAGGUCGUAGUGUAAUUUCUUAUAAUCGUCCGGAUUAAUGUCCCGCUCCUUGAAAGCGGCAGCUCUAACCUUUAGCUCAGUGCGGCUGUUGCCUGCAAUCCAUGGCUUCUGGUAGGGGUAUGUACAGUGGGGAGAACAAGUAUUUGAUACACUGCCGAUUUUGCAGGUUUUCCUACUUACAAAGCAUGUAGAGGUCUGUAAUUUUUAUCAUAGGUACACUUCACAUUGUAUGAUUUUUAAGUAAUUAAUUUGCAUUUUAUUGCAUGACAUAAGUAUUUGAUACAUCAGAAAAGCAGAACUUCAUAUUUGGUACAGAACCCAUUGUUUGCAAUUACAGAGAUCAUACGUUUCCUGUAGGUCUUGACCAGGUUUGCACACACUGCAGCAGGGAUUUUGGCCCACUCCUCCAUACAGACCUUCACCAGAUCCUUCAGGUUUAGGGGCUGUCGCUGGGCAAUACGGACUUUCAGCUCCCUCCAAAGAUUUUCUAUUGAGUUCAGGUCUGGAGACUGGCUAGGCCACUCCAGGACCUUGAGAUGCUUCUUACGGAGCCACUCCUUAGUUGCCCUGGCUGUGUGUUUCGGGUCGUUGUCAUGCUGGAAGACCCAGCCACGACCCAUCUUCAAUGCUCUUACUGAGGGAAGGAGGUUGUUGGCCAAGAUCUCGUGAUACAUGGCCCCAUCCAUCCUCCCCUCAAUACGGUGCAGUCGUCCUGUCCCCUUUGCAGAAAAGCAUCCCCAAAGAAUGAUGUUUCCACCUCCAUGCUUCACGGUUGGGAUGGUGUUCUUGGGGUUGUACUCAUCCUUCUUCCUCCUCCAAAUACGGCGAGUGGAGUUUAGACCAAAAAGCUCUAUUUUUGUCUCAUCAGACCACAUGGCCUUCUCCCAUUCCUCCUCUGGAUCAUCCAGAUGGUCAUUGGCAAACUUCAGACGGGCCUGGACAUGCGCUGGCUUGAGCAGGGGGACCUUGCGUGCGCUGCAGGAUUUUAAUCCAUGACGGCGUAGUGUGUUACUAAUUGUUUUCUUUGAGACUGUGGUCCCAGCUCUCUUCAGGUCAUUGACCAGGUCCUGCCGUGUAGUUCUGGGCUGAUCCCUCACCUUCCUCAUGAUCAUUGAUGCCCCACGAGGUGAGAUCUUGCAUGGAGCCCCAGACCGAGGGUGAUUGACUGUCAUCUUGAACUUCUUCCAUUUUCGAAUAAUUGCGCCAACAGUUGUUGCCUUCUCACCAGCUGCUUGCCUAUUGUCCUGUAGCCCAUCCCAGCCUUGUGCAGGUCUACAAUUUUAUCCCUGAUGUCCUUACACAGCUCUCUGGUCUUGGCCAUUGUGGAGUCUGUUUGAUUGAGUGUGUGGACAGGUGUCUUUUAUACAGAUAACGAGUUCAAACAGGUGCAGUUAAUACAGGUAAUGAGUGGAGAACAGGAGGGCUACUUAAAGAAAAACUAACAGGUCUGUGAGAGCCGGGAUUCUUACUGGUUGGUAGGUGAUCAAAUACUUAUGUCAUGCAAUAAAAUGCUAAUUAAUUACUUUAAAAUCAUACAAUGUGAUUUUCUGGAUUUUGGUUUUAGAUUCCGUCUCUCACAGUUGAAGUGUACCUAUGAUAAAAAUUACAGACCUCUACAUGCUUUGUAAGUAGGAAAACCUGCAAAAUCGGCAGUGUAUCAAAUACUUGUUCUCCCCACUGUACGUACAGUCACUGUGGAGACAAUGUCGUCGAUGCACUUAUUAAUGAAGCCGGUGAAUGAUGUGGUAAAUAUUAUCGGAUUAAUCCUGAAAAACAUAUUCCAGUCUGUGCUAGCAAAACAGUCCUGUCGUCGCACCACUUCCAGUACUAUCCGUUUGAGUUUUUGUUUGUAAGCAGGAAUCAGGAGAAUAGCGUUAUGGUCUGAUUUGCCGAAGGGAAGGCGAGGAAGGGCCUUGUAUGCACUUCUGUGUGUAGAGUAAAGCUGAUCUAGACUUUUGUCACCUCUAGUUGCACAGGUGACAUGCUGGGGAAAAUGAGGUAAAACGGAUUUCAGUUUUCCUGCAUUAAAAUCACCAGCCACGAGAAACGCCGCCUCUGAAUGUGCAUUUUCUUGUUUGCUUAUGGCCCUAUACAGCUGGUUGAGUGCAGUCUUAGUGCCAGCAUCGGUUUGUGGUGGUAAAUAGACCGCUACGAAAAAUAUAUCUGAAAACUCUCUUGAAACCCCACCUCUUUAAGGAACACCUGGGAUAGGAUAAAGUAAUCCUUCUAAAAUAAAAUAUUGUAAAGUGGUUAUCCCACUGGCUAUAAGGUGAAUGCACCAAUUUGUAAGUCGCUCUGGAUAAGAGCGUCUGCUAAAUGACAUAAAUGUAAAUGUAAAUGUUGGUAAAUAGUUUGGUCUGCAGCUUAUCAUGAGGUAUUCUAACUCAGGCGAGGAAAAAAGUAAAGACUUCCUUAACAUUAGCUGUUGUUAACAAAGAGGAACACCCCCCCUCUAGCCUUACCCGAGUCUGCCGUCUGGUCUUCACCAUCUUGACGAUGCAUAGAAAAACUGGCAUGUUGUACAUCCAUGUCCUCGUUCAGGCACGACUCCAAGAAACAUAGGAGAUUACAGUUUUUCAGGUCCCGUUGAUAAGAUAGUCUGGAACGGAGCUCAACCAGUUUUUUUUUUCAACAAAACAGAGGGCAAUGGUGGUCUAGAUGCUCGCCGAUGUAGUCUUGUCUUGACGCGGCCUUGCUUGCCUCUUUCGCUGCCGCUUCCUCUUUCGAGUCCCGGGAUCAGGUUCUGGUCCGGGGUAAGCCCGCUUCCUCUUUCGAGUCCCGAUAUCAGGGCCUGGGCCGGGGUAAGCCCGCUUCCUCUUUUGAGUCCCGGGAUCAGGGCCUGGUCCGGGGUAAGCAGAACAUUCAGAGCUGCCGACUCGUUGAAGUAGAAAUCUUCAUCUAAAUGGAGGUUAGUGAUCGCUGUUCUGAUGUCCAGAAGCUGUUUUCGGUCAUAGGAAAUGAUGACGGAGACGUUAUGUAAAAAUAAAGUUCUGAUCAGCGUAAAAAACACAAAAUAGCAUCAGUACAGUACAGUGUGUGUGUGUGUUCCAGAGAGUGAGGUGGUGUGUGUGUGUGUUCCAGAGAGUGAGGUGGUGUGUGUGUGUGUUCCAGAGAGUGAGGUGGUGUGUGUGUGUGUUCCAGAGAGUGAGGUGGUGUGUGUGUGUGUUCCAGAGAGUGAGGUGGUGUGUGUGCAGGCAGAGGUAGUGCCGUGCAGUCAGGUCAGCAUGGAGAUGUUUGACCCUCUCUACUCCAGUGGAAUCGUCACACGCUCUGGACACAUCAUCAAAUGUUUCCAUGACACACACCCUGACUACGACCUACUGAGACAGGUAACAUAUGCACACCAUGACAAACACACCUUCACAAACACACAACACGCACACGUUAAUGGCAUUUCUGCAACUUAAAAAGGUCAUUAUGCUCCUAUUAUGCUAUCAUAAUGUCUUAUGCAUUUUGUGUUACUGUGUUACUGUGUGACUGUGUGACUGUGUGACUGUGUUACUGUGUGACUGUGUUACUGUGUUACUGUGUUACUGUGUGACUGUGUGACUGUGUUACUGUGUUACUGUGUCACUGUGUCACUGUGUGACUGUGUUACUGUGUUACUGUGUUACUGUGUCACUGUGUUACUGUGUUACUGUGUGACUGUGUGACUGUGUUACUGUGUUACUGUGUGACUGUGUGACUGUGUGACUGUGUUACUGUGUGACUGUGUGACUGUGUUACUGUGUGACUGUGUCACUGUGUCACUGUGUGACUGUGUUACUGUGUGACUGUGUCACUGUGUCACUGUGUGACUGUGUUACUGUGUGACUGUGUGACUGUGUGACUGUGUUACUGUGUGACUGUGUUACUGUGUGACUGUGUUACUGUGUGACUGUGUUACUGUGUUACUGUGUGACUGUGUUACUGUGUUACUGUGUUACUGUGUGACUGUGUUACUGUGUGACUGUGUCACUGUGUGACUGUGUGACUGUGUGUGCGUGUGUAGAUGCUACAUGAGGAUGACAGUGAGGAGUAUGGAGUGAUGGAGAGGAGAGAGUUUCUGUUCCUUCUGUUUAAACACGUGACUCUGGGAGGAGAGCUGUGUCAGUAUGAAGAUACCAUCAACCCCUACAUAGAAACCACUAGAACAAUUUAUAGGGACCUGGUCAGGUAACAACACACACCGUACACACACACCAUACAAACACACACCAUACACACACCAUACACACACACACCAUACACACACCGUACACACACCAUACACACACACACACAUCAUACACACACACCAUACACACACCAUACACCACACCCUACACACACACCAUACACACAAACACACCAUACGAGACAACACACCCUUACACCAGACACACAGGCCCAUAUUUUAAAUACACCAUACACACACCAUCCCCACCAACAUACACACCCAUACCCCACCCAACACUAUACAACAGCCCCAAACAUACAAAACACCAUACACCACCAACAACACCAUACACCAACCACCCAACCACACCAUACCCACACCAUACACACACCAUACACCACACCAUACACACACCAUACACCACCCUCCCACCCCCAUACCCAACCACACCAACACACCACCAUCCCACCACACCACAACACAAACACCCUCCCACAGACCCACCAAAAACACACCAAACCACCAUAACACCCCACCACACCCAUACACCACACCAACAACCACAAACCCAAAGGAAACCAUACAACAACCCCAACCAUACACACCCACACCAACACCACACCAUACCCACACCAAAACAACAAAACCCCAAACCAUACACCACACCUACAACAAACCCCCAACCCAAAACACCAAACCAACACAACACCAUACCCCAACACCAUAAACCAAACCAAACCCCCAACCACCACACCACCACCCCAACCACCAACCCCACCAUACCCACACCCCACCAAAACACCCCAUACAACAACCAACCCCAACACCCACCCCAACCACCCACACCAUCCCCCCAACACCAAACACCAACCCAACCACCACCACCAAAAAACACCCCACCAUACCCAAAAAACCCCAAAACCCCAACCCCAAAACCCAACCAAACCAACAAACCCACACCCCUACCACAACAAAAACCACAAUAACCACACCAAAAACCCCCCAUACAACCACACCAUAAAACACCACACCAUAACACCACACCAAACAACCACACCAAAACACCAUAACCCCCAACCACCAACCACCAUAACCACCCCACCCAAACCCCCCCACCAUACCCCACCACCUCCAACACCAACCAACCCCACCCAUACACCCCAUAAAACACCACCCCAUACACCCACAAACCAUACCCCACACAAGCACCACACCUACACCAUUUAACCACACCAACACCACACCCAACCCAACCAACCACCAACACAAACCAUACACCACACCAUACACCACACAUACAACCCACCAAAACACCACACAACCACACCAUACACCCAAAAACCAUAUACCAAAACCACACCAAAAACACCCCCACCCAACACACCAAAAACACCAAAACCAUACACCACCACCCAUAACAACACCAACACCAUACCAAAACCCCACCACACCAUCCACAAACCCAAACAACCCCAAAACCAAAACCAUACACCAAACCCCCCAUACACCACACCCAAAAACACCAACCAAACCCAAAAACCAUACACCAAAAACCAUACACCCCCUACACACCAAACAACCCUACAAAAAACCAACCAACAACCCACACAACCCAUACAACCCAUACACCAAACCCAAACCCCCAUACACCACACCCAACACCAACCAAAACAACACCCCACCCUAUAACACCCACCAAAACCACAACCAACACAACCACCCCUCCCCACCACACCAAAACAAUACACCAAACCCCCAAAAACACCAACAAACCCCAAACCCCCACCAUAAAACCCCCAACCAACACCCAAAACACCCAAAAACCGACAGCUAAACACAACCCCCAAAAAACCAUACCCACAAUCCACCAUAUACCAAAACCAACCAAUCCACAACCAAACGCCAGACAACACAACCAACCUCCCACCAUAACCACCAUACCCCCAUACCCACCUACAAACCCCACCAUACACCCCACAACCUUUCCCCCACCCUCAACCACACCCCCAAUAACAAAACCCAACAACCAUACCCACCCCAAAAAUUGCCCCCAUAACCCCCACCACACAACACCCUACCCCACACCAACCCCACCAUUCAACCCCCCCGCCCAAAAACACCCAUCCACCAACCCCCAACCUAACAACCCCACCAACACCACCACCCUACACCAAAACCACCACCACUUCCCACACACUCCAACACAACCAAACACCACCACCACCCCACCUCCCCCAACCUAACAACCACCCCAAAAACCCUAAAAACCCCCCACUCGCCCCAUCCCCCACCACCCCCCCCCCGUUUGCAAACCUCACCCCCUGACCCCCACCCUCCCCCUCCACCCACCCCUCCCCCCCCCCCCCACCCCCCAUCCCCCCCCCCCCACCCCCCCCCCCCCCACCCUAAAAACCCCCAAAACCCCCCCACCUCCACCCAAAACCCCAACACCCCCCCCCUCCCCCCUCCCACCUCCCCCCCCCCACCCCCCCCCCCACCCAUCCCCCCCCCCCUCCCCCCAAAAACCCCCCACCCCCCCCCCCCCCAACCAAAACAACCAACACCCCCCUACCCCCACCACAAAAACCCCCCAAACCAUAAAAACCAACAAAAACCAUACCCCAAAAACCCCAAAAAACCCAUCCCCCCCCACCCCCACAAUACAACCACAACCAUACACCACAAACCCGCCCUAAAAAAAACCCAAACCCCUUCCCACCCAACCCCCCCCCCCCAAAAACCCAAAAACCCCCCCCCCCCACCCCCUACCCCAAACCCCCAAAACCCCCCUCCCAAAAACCCCCCCUACCACCCAAAAACCCCCCUCCCCACCUCGCCACCCCCCCAACCCAUACCCCCCCCCCCAAACCCCCCCCCCCCCCCAUCCCCCCCUCCCCCCCCCCCCCCAAAAAAAAAAAAACCCCCCCCCCAAACCCCCCCCAACCCCCCCUAAACCCCCCCCAAAACCCCACCUCCCCCACCUCCCCCCCCCCAAACCUCACCCCCCCCCCCCAACCCCCCCCCAAACCCAAAACCCCCCCCAAAAACCCCCCCCCCCUACCCUCCCCCCCCAACCCCCAACACCCCCUGGUCCCCCCCCUUUCAGUUAAAAAAGUAGAUGGGGAUGUGGUGAUGGUGUGUUUUUUUUUUUUCCAGUGUUUUUGAAAAUCCAGAGAGCCAAAAGGGGAUCAUUGGGUUUUUUUUUACUGUCAUCAAGUUUUUCUGCCUGGUAACAGACUAUUGUUUUAUUAAAAUUUAUCAUUACCCCGCUAUAUAUAUAUAUAUAGAGAGAGGAGAGACUUUCCUUUUUCUCACCUAUGUGUGGUGUGGUUUGUUGUUGGUUUUGGUGUUUUGUGUGGGGGGGUGGGUUGUGUGGUGUUUGGUGUGGUUGGUUUGGGGUGUGUUGGGGUGUGUGUGUGUUGUGGUGGUGUGGUUGUGAUGGUGUGUGUGGGGGGGUGUGUGUUCUCUGCAGGAUUCAUCAGGUGUGUGUUACCCAGCUAGAGAAAGAGAGGAUCAGUCGUUCUCCUACCUCAUAGUGGACCCCUUCAGAAGACACGUCUAUGUGUUCUACCACUGUUAUGGAGUAGGCUCCUUCACACUGUAA